AUGGCCAAAGGAGACAGUGACACCUCAGCUCAUGCAGGCCAAUCAAACCGUCCACAGCUGCACCCGAGACGUAGCACCGAGCCCUACAGUACCCAUGCGAAUGAGAGCGACUCACAGGUGAGCGACACUGCGUCGCAAGGUACUGCUCAUCAACGCCCCAAGCACCAGAAACACGUUGUCGGCCACGGACGUUUAAGCUCGCGCGUCCCUUCCUCCAAGGCAUUGCAGAAAUCCCAGCAAGUAACCUCCAAUGCAAAGCUCAAUACCAAUAAACACCACCGCCGACAGCUUUCUUACUCUCCGAGCACCGCUCUCAACAACGCCCUUACUGCUGACCAAGCCGAGCGUCCUCCCAUGCUCUCGUCAGCUCACCGUCGCACCACCUCGGACGUGAGGCUGUCGCGCGACGCUUCCGCAUCUAAUCUUAAGAAGAAUACAUCGCAUACGAGUUUGAAGCACAACAAGUCGCAUGUCGAGGUAGCCAAGAAGUCAAAAUCCGCCGCCAAUAUCAAGCGCUCCUCAUCCCACAAAGAAGUCAAUAAGCUCAAAGCCACAAAUAAAACAUCGGUUCACUUUGAUCUCGGCAAUGACGGCCAGGACGAUGAGUGGGUAGAUGCAAGUGCCUCUGCCUCUCCGUAUCUGUCACGCCGGGGAUCCGUCAUCAGCAGUGGCCAAGGUUCAGCAAAGCAGGAAGCAGAAGAAGAAGACGGAGAUUCGCCGUCACAAACACCACCCAAACCGCCAACACAAUCACAAACAAAGCAAACAUCAAAAGAGACGCCUGAACGCGAGAGGGUCCAGCACAAGGAAUAUUUAACUUCACGUUUGCUACAGAGGACCCCAUCCCACGGCGCACCACCCAAGAUGUCCUCCGAGACAGUCCAAGUCCACCCACGCUCCAUUUCGCCGGAUUCGGCAGUCAGUCGCGUAUCUUCUACACUUUAUGAUUCACCAAAACCAGCAGCGAUAGCAAACCCUAUCCGAGUUGACAAAGUCGGCACUCCAGGCGACGAGCUCACUUCAAGAUUUGUGAGCGGACCUGGCUCAGGAGUGAAUCCAGCUACCGGCUCUUUCUUUUCGCCGACUCGAGCGCACACACGUGUGAAGCGACCGCAGUCCCUCGGCAAUCUACACCAAGACCAUCGCUCCUCAGCAACAGACGAUGCCGAAGAAGAUGAUACAAGCGCACUGGCGCCGAGGACGGGGAGAUCUUCGUCGCAAUAUAAAGCCCCCCCAGCCGAUAAGUCACGUACGCAGCAGAAAUUGAAUCUUCAACGUGCCAGCUCUACUAUUGAGCCAGUCCCAGCUGGAGGUGGCGGAGUUGGUGCUGUUGGUGCCAGUCCUUUGCUGGGCGGUGCUGCUUAUGACAAUCGUGAUCCUCGCAUUGGAAAGCUCAUCGAGCGAACUGGACAAGAGUAUCUCGUUGUACGACGUUAUCAAAAUCCUAUCGCAAGAUCGAUUUCACGAUUGCAGCAGCUUCCUGGUGCCAACAAGACGCAGCAUAUUCCGAAACAAAACGGCGUAAAUGGUCUUACACAUGGCAAGAAGCCGUCUGAAACAGGAGGCAAUAGAUAUGGGCUCGGUUCAAGCGUGGGAGAAGCACACAGAUCACAACCGGCAACACCUAAGCAGCAUAACUCGAUUAAGACUAACGGUGCAAACUCGAGCUAUGAGACUGAAGGCAACACCCCUCAUUUAAGCGGGGGAGGCUACGUAGAAGGUGACGAUGAUGGAGUUGCAGCACUGCUCAGAAACCUCUGGGACAAGAAUCUGGAUCUUUCAGCAAGUCAAGACUAG